GUGAACGAGGGCCGGGCGUGGGGCGGCGCCGGGGCCCGCUGACUGUGGGGCUGGGACGCGUUGCCCUUGACGGCCGGGCGGUGGGACGAGCGGCGGCCGCGCGCCUUCCUCGUGGAGCCGCCGGUGUGGAGCGCGUGGCCGCCGCCCCCCUCCCCCUCUCCUUCCUCUCUUUUCACCUCCCAUCCGGCCGCGCGCCUCGGCAUGCGGAAGAUUCCAGAAAACGAGAAGGGCGGGGGCCGUGGCAGCCUGUGUUCUGGCCGGGGAAGGCAUUUUUAGAUCCUUUCGGCCUGGGAGACCUCGAGUAGGCGACCCGCCACGCCUGCUCGCCUCCGGCCCUCGGGAGCGCGCGCCCCGCAUUGCAGCGGCAACCACGUGUCUGCCGCGUGUGGCCUCUUGGCGAGGGGGAACCUGGACUUAACCAGCUGUCCGAGCCCUGGAUUUGAAGAGUGGGGUGCCGGUGCCUCGGGUCUUACUCUGUUAUUUCCGUGGCUGCGGUCUUUACUGCACACUGAAGAAUACAGACGUGCCUUUCGGCGAAUAUGGUCUUGCCUUCAAGAUAAGAUUUGUGACCAGAUCAGUGAUGCUGUCCUAGAUGCGCACCUUCAGCAGGAUCCUGAUGCCAAAGUGGCUUGUGAAACUGUUGCUAAGACUGGAAUGAUCCUUCUUGCUGGGGAAAUUACAUCCAGAGCUGCUGUUGACUACCAGAAAGUUGUUCGGGAAGCUAUUAAACACAUUGGAUAUGAUGAUUCUUCCAAAGGGUUUGACUACAAGACUUGUAAUGUGCUGGUAGCCUUGGAGCAACAGUCACCAGAUAUUGCUCAAGGUGUUCAUCUUGACCGGAAUGAGGAAGAUAUUGGUGCUGGAGACCAGGGUUUGAUGUUUGGCUAUGCCACUGAUGAAACUGAGGAGUGUAUGCCUUUAACCAUUGUCUUAGCACACAAGCUCAAUGCAAAACUAGCAGAACUACGCCGAAAUGGCACUUUGCCUUGGUUACGCCCAGAUUCUAAAACUCAAGUGACUGUGCAGUAUAUGCAGGAUCGAGGUGCUGUGCUUCCCAUCAGAGUCCACACAAUUGUUAUAUCUGUUCAGCAUGAUGAAGAAGUUUGUCUUGAUGAGAUGAGGGAUGCCCUAAAGGAGAAAGUUAUCAAAGCUGUUGUACCUGCAAAAUAUCUUGAUGAAGAUACAAUCUACCACCUACAGCCAAGUGGCAGAUUUGUUAUUGGUGGGCCUCAGGGUGAUGCUGGUUUGACUGGCCGGAAAAUCAUUGUGGACACUUACGGCGGUUGGGGAGCUCAUGGAGGAGGUGCCUUUUCAGGAAAGGAUUAUACCAAGGUGGACCGCUCAGCUGCUUAUGCUGCUCGUUGGGUGGCAAAAUCCCUUGUUAAAGGAGGUCUGUGCAGGAGGGUUCUUGUUCAGGUCUCUUAUGCUAUUGGAGUUUCUCAUCCAUUGUCUAUCUCCAUUUUCCAUUAUGGUACCUCUCAGAAGAGUGAGAGAGAGCUAUUAGAGAUUGUGAAGAAGAAUUUUGAUCUCCGCCCUGGGGUCAUUGUCAGGGAUCUGGAUCUGAAGAAGCCAAUUUAUCAGAGGACUGCAGCCUAUGGCCACUUUGGUAGGGACAGCUUCCCAUGGGAAGUGCCCAAAAAGCUUAAAUAUUGAAAGUGUUAGCCUUUUUUCCCCAGACUUGUUGGCGUAGGCUACAGAGAAGCCUUCAAGCUCUGAGGGAAAGGGCCCCUCAUCCUAAAUUUUCCUGUCCUCUUUCAGCUCCUGAUCAGUUGCAGUCACUCUAGUCAAUGACAUGAAUUUUAGCUUUUGUGGGGGACUGUAAGUUGGGCUUGCUAUUCUGUCCCUAGGUGUUUUGUUCACCAUUAUAAUGAAUUUAGUGAGCAUAGGUGAUCCAUGUAACUGCCUAGAAACAACAGUGUAGUAAAUAUGCUUUGAAAUCGAACUUCUGUGCCCUAUCACCCAAUGCUCCAAAGUCCUAAUUGCAUUAACUUUCCCACCAGACGCUAAAAAUGUCCUUGUAAUGUGCACGUAAAGUACCUGUAGUUCCACUAUAGCCUGUCUGGCAAUGCCAUAGCCCUGUCAGCAUGAAUUUGUAAUGUCUUGAGCUCUAUUAUGAAUGUGAAGCCUUCCCUUUAUUCUCCCUGUAACUCAAUCCAUUUCUAAUUAUGUAGCUCUUUGUCAGGGAGUCUUCCCUAUCCAGUCAAUCUUGCAUGUAACGCAAGUUCCCAGUUGGAGCUCUAGCCUGACAUCAGAAAAAGGCAGUUACCAUUAAACCAUCUCCCUGGUGCUUAUGCUCUUAAUUGCCACCUCUUUAACAGCACCAAAUAGAAAUUUCUCCACUUCAGCUGUCUUUUGGAGGACGUACGUAAUAAGGUUUUUACUUAGUAAACCAAUCCUAUGCAUGGUUUCAGCACUAGCCAAACCUCACCAACUCUUAGUUCUAGAAAAACAGGCACUUGGCACCCUUGUGAUUGUCAUACAGAGAAGUCACAGGGCAGUACCUGAGGGUCUGUAGGUUGCACACUUUGGUACCAGAUAACUUUUUUUUUUUCUUUAUAAGAAAGCCUGAGUACUCCACACUGCACAAUAACUCCUCCCAGGGUUUUAACUUUGUUUUAUUUUCAAAACCAGGUCCAAUGAGCUUUCUGAACAGCUGGUGUAGCUACAGAGAAACCAGCUUCCUUCAGAGAGCAGUGCUUUUGGCGGGGAGGAGAAAAUCCCUUCAUACUUGAACGUUUUCUAAUUGCUUAUUUAUUGUAUUCUGGGGUAUGGCGUAAGUACAGAGAAGCCAUCACCUCAGAUGGCAGCUUUUAAAAGUUUCUUUUCUCUCAACACCAUGAUUCCUUUAACAUGUUUCCAGCAUUCCCAGGUAGGCCAAGGUGUCCUACAGAAAAACCUUGGGUUAGACCUACAGGGGGUCUGGCUGGUGUUAACAGAAGGGAGGGCAGAGCUGGUGCAGCUGGCCAUGGAGAAAGCUGACUUGGCUGGUGUGGUACAGAGAAGCCAGCUUGUUUACAUGCUUAUUCCAUGACUGCUUGCCCUAAGCAGAAAGUGCCUUUCAGGAUCUAUUUUUGGAGGUUUAUUACGUAUGUCUGGUUCUCAAUUCCAACAGUUUAAUGAAGAUCUAAAUAAAAUGCUAGGUUCUACCUUAA